UUGAAGAAUUCCAAGAGUAAUAUUAAAAUUUGUAAUAAAAUUGGUAAUAAAAAUAAAAAUAUUAGAAAUAAAAAGAAACAAGUUGAAAACUUCACUUUGAAAAUAGGUACAUUUAAUGUAAGAUCCCUCUCAUCAAUUGAACGAUACCUACAACUUACUUAUGCACUAGAAGAAAUCGAUUUUGAUAUACUGGGAUUAUCUGAAGUAAAGAAAACUGGCUACAGCAUUGAAGAAUAUCGAGAAUACAUCCUAUGUUACAUUGGGCAAACAAAAGGCUUACAUGGGGUAGGAUUCCUGGUAAAGAAAAAACAUAAACAUAUGAUAUCUAAUUUCACAGGGAUCUCUGAAAGGGUUGCUCUUCUGCAACUAAAAACAGAGAAAUUUAAUAUAUCUAUAAUCCAGGCAUAUGCACCAACAGAGGCAUCUCAAGAAGAAGACAUCGCAACUUUUUACAGCGAUAUGCUAAAAGCACACUCUUUAACAGAUAAUAUAAUAAUUGUUAUGGGUGACUUUAACGCAAAAAUAGGGUGGCCCAAGAAAGAAGAAUGGUUGUGUAUGGGAAGCUACGGUUACGGAGAACGCAAUGAAAGGGGAGAAAGACUAAUAAAUUAUGCUCUCGAACACAAGUUGUCAAUCAUGAACACAUUCUUCAAGAAAAAAGCCAGAAGAAGAUGGACCUGGAUGUCACCUAAUGAGAAGAUUAAAAAUGAAAUCGACUUUAUUCUAACCAAUAAACCUAACAUGGUAAGCAACAUUGAAGUUCUAAACCAAGUCAAAUUUGCUUCGGACCACAGAUUACUACGAACAACGUUUCAUUUAUACCAACCAAAAAAAAGCAGAAAAACAUUUCAAAAUUCAAUAAAAAACCCAACAACAGACUACGAAAUUAAUAAAUACACUGAAAGCCUGAAAUCCAAUCUAGAAGACAAUAUAACUACUAUACCUGAGAAUGUUCAAACCUUCUAUGACUUACUUGAAGAUAACAUAAUAUCCAGUUUAAAAAAUAAUAAGGUCACUCAAAAGAAACGAAAUUCAAUACUUAGCGAACAUACAAAACAACUAAUUAAGAAACGUACAGAAUUAAUAAACACAAAGAAUAAAAACAAAGAAAAGAAAGGUGAACUUACCAAACUAUUUAAAUUCACUAAUAAAUCAAUAAAACACGACUACUUUAAACAUAGAGAACUGAUAAUAACAAAAAAUAUAAAUAGCUUUAGAAGUACUAAGAGAGCCUUCAAGGAACUAACUCUUCAAACGAAAUGGAUACAAAAACUGGAAAACAAUUCUGCAGAGACUAAGUCAAGAAAAGAUGUGAUAGAACAUGCUACCAAAUUUUAUAAACAACUAUACAAAAAGAAGGAAGACGAGAAUGCAUUGGAAGAAGAAAUUGACAAUAAAUCUAGAGUCAAUACAGUUAAACUAAUUGAAGAAGAAGAAAUACUCUUGUAUAUAAAAAUACUCAAAAAUGAAAAAAGUCCAGGGCCUGAUGGGUUAACAAACGAAGCCCUUAAAUUAGGUGCCACUAUCUUAGUUAAGCACUUAACACACCUCUUUAAUAUGAUAUUAGAUACAGAAAUGGUACCAAAGCAAUGUACAAGUAGGGUUAAACUUGAAAGGAGAGGUGACCAAAUAAAAAUAGAAAGAGGAGUGAGGCAAGGCGAUCCCUUGUCGCCGAAACUUUUCAUUGCUGUGUUGGAAAAUAUAUUUAAACAUUUAAAUUGGACAAAAUAUGGCAUAAAUAUCAAUGGGCGUCGUUUAAAUCAUCUUAGGUUUGCAGAUGACAUAGUCAUAUUUGCUGAAACAGCUAAACAACUUAAUGAUAUGCUAUAUUCACUAGACCAAGAAAGUUCAAAAGUUGGUUUGGACAUGAAUGUUAGCAAGACUAAGAUAAUGACCAACAGUCUCAACGUACCCAUCAACAUAAAAGGAAACAAUAUAGAAUACGUAAUAAACUACAUUUACCUGGGGAAACAAAUAUCCUUCAUGAAAACUAAUAACGAAGAUGAAGUAGAAAGAAGAAAAAAUAUUGCAUGGAGAAAGUUUUGGUCACUAAAAGAAAUUCUAAAAGGAAAAUACAGUAUGAAAAUAAAGAGUACAGUAAUGGACACCUGCCUCUUGCCUAGUCUACUAUACGGCUGCCAAACGUGGACAUAUACAAACAAAGUGAAACAGAAAAUAAAUACAACUCAGAGAGCAAUGGAAAGGAGCAUCUUAAAUAUAAAUAAAAUACAUAAAGUAAAAAACAGUAUAAUAAGACAAAGAACAAAAAUAACAGAUGCACUCACGAAAGCUUUAACGUUAAAGUGGAAAUGGGCAGGACACGUCUCACGAUACCCAGAUAAUAGGUGGACAAUACAAACCACACGAUGGAAGGGACCGGGAUCUGGCAAAAGGAAAGUUGGAAGACCACACAAACGGUGGGCUGAUGACAUAAUACAGUAUGCUGGAAAAGACUGGAUGAGUAAAAGUAAAAAUAGAGAAUUGUGGAAGCAGAUGGAGGAGGCCUUUACUCAAAAUGAGAUCCAUAUCUCUGAAAAUAUAUAUAGUUAA